AGUAAGAACGAUAGCCAGAGCCGUCUUGAGCAACGUCAGUCAGCUUUCUAAUCGUACGUAUACUUGGUGUACACAUUUGUUAGACCCUUAUACUUUCUUUCGCCUUCAUCGUCACGAAGAGCUCAACCCUCAAUUGCCAAUAUGAAGACUACUUGCCUCGUCUGUAAUACUCCCGCCUCCACGCAGUGCUCAGGUUGCAAAAGGGCUGGUUACUGUAGCAAAGCAUGCAGCACGGAGGACUGGCCUUACCACAAACGCAACUGCAAACGAAUCAGGGCCGCUGGCGCCCAACCGAUGGACGCCAUCCUCUUCCCUGUUAACGCAACUCAACCUCGUCUCAUCAGAGUCCCUUGGACGUAUGGACCCACGAGCGACAAUAUUCCGCUGGACUGGCAAAAGCUAGAUUGCCAACCAUGGAUUGGCGGAAAAGACAGUGCCCUGAAGACCAUGUAUGUCCAGACGUUGGGACGGAAUGGGCCCGCGCUUGGAUAUACGAUCGCCAUAGAACACGACGAUAAUUCGUUCGUCAAUGGGUCUGCUACAAAUCGUUGCAUCCCGGCGGUUACAGGUGGACAAGCUCCGCAUCCUUGGGCUGGAAACGUUAUUGCUCUUAGAGCAAAGGAAGCAUAGUCAGAUUGGUUUGAAAGUGCUGUUAUGGAGAAGGACCUGGCGCCGGUGAUACAGUUUUUCA